AUGCUUCGUUCCUGCGCUGCUUCACGAAAGAUUUCGCCAGAAGAGAUCUGGCAGCAGCCGCAGCAGGAUGUUGAUGAGGAUUCCGCCGACGAGGAAGCUCCACAUGAAUGCGACAACAUUAAACGAUGGAUAUUCCCAGAUGGGCCUGGGGCACAGCCAUAUUCUUCGACAGAUCUUUCCAAGGAGGAGCGUAGUGCUAUCAUCGUGGGGCCAACAACAUCUGGAAAGUCGGAACUACUGCGGGCCUUGCACAAGAUCUAUAGCACAGACCGCAUUCCAGAAUCGCUGGUAGUUGGCCACGGCAAUACAUCCACGACGGCCACCGUCACAGAAUAUCCCCUUUCGGUGUGCUGCGUGUCUUGCAAGACAGUUCGUAAUCGAGAUCUGAAAUGGGAGGCAGGUCCGCCCAACGAGUCGGAGGUGCUGAAAACUUUCAAGGGCGGCCGCAAAGACUCCCGCGAUUACUAUCUGGACAAGUACAUGGCAAAGCCUGUCUACGGAAAGCACAAGUUCCAGGUCAAUUUUUUGGAUUGCCCUGGUGAUAGAGACAGCAAGGGCCGUGAUGAGGAUCACAUGGCCGACAUUGCGGUUAGGCUGGCCCGAAAGGGAAAGUUGGCGGCUGUGAUCUUCGUCAUUGGAAAGGGGAUGCCAUAUGACCUGUCCUUCCAAGGGUCUUUUCUGUACUUUUGGGACUGGUUAAAGAACUACCACAACCACUUCAUUAUCGUGCACACCAAGUGGUCCAUGUUAGAGCCUGGUGCUGAAGCAGAAAGGGCCGCCCGCGAAAGGGAGUUUUCGGAGGUCUUCGGCUUCACCGACGUUGACACGGUAAAGCAAGUUUUCAUUGACUCGAAGUGGGAGGAUGAGGAUCCCAAAGAGCGUGACUGCAUGGCAUUUAACCAGCAGAAGAAAGCACUGGCUAUUAACAGCAUGAACGCGCUGAUCACUGAGAUUGCGCUGGCGUCCAAUAUUGACUGUGCCAUGCUCCCCUUCAGGAAGACGCGGCGGAUGCAUGAAGUGGACAGGCAGCUGAUUGCCGGGGCAGAGGCUGCUUUGGAUGCUGCACAGGCAACUCUUGACACAACAGAUAGAGAUCUUGCCGUACUUAACAAAGAGAUGCGAGAAAUCUCCAGGCGGGUUGCGGAAGGUGAGAGUCACACGGCUCCCUUGAUGUGCAGACUUGAAGCAAUUGACGUCGACACCGAUGUUGAGAUUGCUCGCAAAGAGGCUUGGAUCUUUUUGUGGGGCUGGCGAUGCCUACGAGUAGAGACCAGGGUGCCUAUCAGCAACGUUGUCACGACUGACGGCACGUUCCGUAUCAGUUGGACAGACUGGGACCACAAGGUAUUUUCAGUCCAAGUGACCUGCAGCACUGGCUUGGUGCCAACAUUCUACAUGGGCAGCUUGGUUGUUUAUGGAGCAAGCCGACACGUACAUGCUGCCGAAAUUGAACAGAUCAAGGCUGAACUGGAGCCCAUCCGAGCGAAAAUGAAGGAGGACCAGGAGGAUCUGCGACACAAGCAAGAUGCUGAAAAGUAUGCAAAAGAGGUCCUGGAAGGCCUGAACAAACUCAUUGAAGAGAACACCUUGGUGAGUCGAGUUGCUUCAAUGCAGGAACUGCGACUCGACCAACUGGGAGCUGUACAUGAGUGGUACAAGGCGGCAGUUGGCAAGCAGCUGUCCUCCAGCGAUCUUCGAGAGUAUAUUCAGCUACUGGGCUCCCUGCCGGUGAGACCCGCGACGUCCAGCUUUGCCGGCUGA